AUGUCAUAUGAGAUAGAUUAUGGGGACAGUGUCCCAGACGACAAAAGCAUAACAGUAACAAUUUACCUAUACGAAAAUCUAGGGGUCGACAUCACAGACUAUUUUCAUCUACUCCAAAUAAGCAUAUUCAGUCGAUAUGCUGAAGAGGCAAAAUUGCUUAAUUGGUCUAAAUGUGCAGAAGGCAGUGAGGAAAUGAUAUAA